AUGUCCGCCUCUUCGCCCCGCCAAUCGCAUGAAACGCCCGAUAUAACAUGUAUCGCGCCAGAGCCUUUCGAACCUAUACCUCUAAUCGCCGACAUUGUGCGUACCGGAUAUUGCAUUCCAGGCUCAGUAUUUCUAGUUGAGGGUGUCGAUUCCGUCCAUACGUCUAGAUCCAAGAGAUGGCGUGCCGUACGCCUGUUACUCGGAGAUGGGGAGCUGUGUAUCCAGGCCCUAUUAUCAGCCCAGAUGCAUAGAUAUGUAGAUGAGGGGGAAUUCGCCUUUGGGUCCUACGUUAAACUGGAACAAUUCCGAAUCGAACGGAGGAACCUCCCUAAUGGGACUGAUGGGGGCUCGCCAACUACCAAAGGAAAGGAAAAAGAGCGCGAUGACCAUAGUGCAGAAAACGGGAUGGUCUACCUGGUUGUCGAGGAUCUUGCACUCGUCGGAUGGAAUAACGCACUUGUCGAUACCACGCCCAUCGAAAGUGCCCAAGCAGACGCUGAAGUCCCAAAAGAUCGAGUUGAAAAUAACGCCCAGACUUCCAUCACGGCUAAAUCGGUUCCAGGCAACAGCACUACGCAGUCUUUCGACAGUGGCGUUGGUCUACUGAAAGAAUUAGCUGAUGCGGAUGAUGACUUCGAAGUCAUGCCAAACGCUAUGUCGAAAGCAACCCAGAAUAGGCUCGAUCUCGCAGCAAAAUCUAAGGACGCAAACCAUCUUCCCUGGUCGAGCAACAACCCUGGGAACCCCUUGAAACUCACCGAGCUACGCAAAAUCCCUAACUUACCAUACAAGCAAAAUUGGAGUGUCAAUGUGCUAGCAGUAGUUUCAGCAAUCUCGGGUCUCGAACCUUCCGGUCUACCACCGUAUAGCCAGCGACAGGCCAGACUUGCCGACCCCUCUACCGAUAAGCAUGUGCUCUUGACAGUAUUCCUCGAUCCGGAACAGUUCUUACCAGCAGUUGGAAGCGUCGUAUUACUACUCGGGGUCAAGAACCAUCGUUUUGAUGGUGGAAGCCUCAAAAAGUAUGCUAGUGACCGCCCGGUGGCCGGACAUAGCUGGUGGUACGAGAAUCCGGCGCAAUUCGACUGGUGCGAUGUCGAGGGGUUGAGGCAGUGGUGGGCUGAGGGUCAGUCUCUCGAAUAA